AUGACAACAGUCCUUCAACGUCGCAUUUCCAAUAUCAACUACGAGUUGCCCCGUAUCAAGAACUCGUCUUCCCCGUUCCUUUGCCGUCGUGAUGCUGAUUUCGGUCUCACCGGGCUCGGACUACGCUCCAUUCAACGGCCAAGGCCUGCUAUGACUGGGCAUCUGCCUACAACAGCAGGGACAAUUGAUCGCAAGGAAGUUCCUCCGGCAAUCAAAGUUAUGAAAUCAUCCUGGCUCAGCCCCGAGGCCUCCAUACCGGUCCCAAGGACGUCAGUGCCACGGCGGAGGCAUCGAGGCAUCGAUAUCAACCCCGGGUGA